AUUUAUUCAUUUAUCUUAUUGGUUAUAAACACGCCUAUAGCAUUUUUUCCACGAUGAAAAAUAUUCGUUAUGUGACUACACGUUUCUUGACAACAAUAGGCGGAGAUCAUUUAUGGUUUGGUAUUGUUAAAACAAAACUUAGAUACGAGUGAAAUACUCUUUCAACACAUAAGUAUUCUUAUAAUUUUCUUCACAAAUUAGUCCCCUUGAUAACGUGAGACUGUCAACUUGUGAACGUUAGACAUCCGUGAUUUCUACUAACGAAAUGGCAAAGGAGAUGUUACCGGGAUCAAUAUGUUUGCUUUUGACUAUUGCCGUUCUAAUGCUUGCCAGCAAUAUGCCAAGGGUUAGUGGAAAAGCGCUUGAACAACCAGCGAAGAGCCCAUCGGAUCCUAUCUCAGUAGUAAUAAAUCAACCACAAACAACAUUAGUUAUAGGAUCGGAUUUAGCUAAGGAACUAAUCGCAAGCUUACUUAGUGGUAAAGCAGCUGCUGAUGAAAAUGAGAAGGAACGUGUUAAGGCUGUGAUAAAUAAUCCGACGAAAAAAGAUGAGGAGAAAAGUAAUGAAAGUAACAAUGACAGCUCUGAGAUUGUAACAACUAAGCCUGGGGAAAGUUCAGAAACAGCAAAAGAAACAAAUAAUUCCGAAAGUACGACAAAUAAAAAUACACAAACUCUUCGCUCUAAACGUGUGCAGGAGUAUUGGGAUGAUCUUGAUAAAUACAAUGAUUAUUGGUUGUGGCUAGGUUAAAUUAAAAUUGACAGAGCGUGAACAUGUUCAUUCAAUGUGGUUUCUUGUUUGAAGAGUGAUGCUGUUAA